AGACACUGUCCACCUAUACUGGAUUUUCCUAUAGAAGAGACUUCUUCAAACGAACAAUGCCACGAAGCGGAAAGUGUCGUCCCUGAUUCGCGGACAGCACAAGCUAAUCUGGGACUACACUAUACGCAUAUGCACUAAUCCCCGUUUCCCAGAGCACCUCUUUAAUCAAUGUAUUCACCAAUUGUUCGAUGCAGGAGUUCGACAAGUUCGACGCCCGGGACAGAAGUCAGCUGUCUAUAGAGGCGCUAAACCCCCUUCUGCAACACACCCUGGGGCAGAGGGAGGAGUUAUCGUUCUUCGAUGUCAAACUGGCCAACUUGGCUUAUUGUAACGACGUGUGCUCCCCGGCCCUGCUUCCGGUCACGUGCCUGCACGAGGGGUACCAGGACCCCCGGAACUGCUCCAGGUGUCGCUGCGCAGAGGGGCUUGCGGGCGACCGAUGUGAGACGGUCGCGAAAUCCACACACGACUGCGGUGGCGUCAUAGAUUUGACGACUGACGUCACGAAAAUCAUAGCCACGCCCUCAUAUCCGUCACAGUACCAACCAGGGAUAAGAUGUUACUGGCUUAUACAAUCCCCGCCAGGUACAGUUGUCAAGUCGCAGUUUUUGGCGCCUUACAUCCAAAGCGAGAGUUGCACGGAUAGCGACCCCUACAAACCGUGCGAAGAUUUCGUGGAAAUCCGACCUUUCGACAAUCUAGGCCUCACAGGAGGUCGGUUCUGCUGUAACUACUCCGCACAGACUGACCACUUCCGGUCACCUAUCGUCUCCCAUAGCAACCACACGCUCGUAAUUUUCCGGACAAUCUUCGGAGUUACUCGCGGCUUCAGACUUCAAGUGUCAGCUAUGAGUUGCGGAGGAUGCGCCGACCACGUGACGGCCCCUCAAGUCUCCUGCAUCCGACAGCGUCAUGUGCCUUGCGAGCACACGUGGCAGACGACCGAGGUGGACACUACGUGCUUGCUUCCGUUCUGGGGAUGUACGCGACAAGUCACACGACAAAAGUCGAGGAUAUCCGACUGUCUGAUUGAAGAGUUCUUCUGCUGCACCGGAUAUAACCUCAGCGCGGAUAACAGCACGUGCACAAAAAACGUCAGUGAGGUGGCGGGAAUUGGAACGGAAGUACUGACGGAGCCAGUCGGGUGGGGAAACUGGUCCGAGUGGUCAGCAUGCUCCGUAACCUGCGGCGGAUGUGGUACACAGUCGCGCUCCCGGAAGUGCCUUUCCACCACCGAAAAUUGCAACGGAACUUCCGAAGAGGUACGCUCAUGCGGCGAGUCGCCGUGUGCAACCGGAAACGUGAUGGUCACGUGCUCAACUACUCGAACUAUGGCCUACAGCUGCGCGUUUAUGGGCACGUGCUAUAGACUGGAGACAAUCUAUCAGACCCAGAAGGCCCGAUGUUGUUGCGGAUAUGACGUCAGAGAUUCCAUUUGCUUACCAAAGUCACGUUGAUCUUCAACUAUGCAGCUAGACCAGUGCAUCGGUCUGGUUUCAUAUCCUGUUUUCUCACGCAUGCACUUUCGAAGUCAGGAAAAAAUUGUGUUUGCCAAGCAAUGCUGAGCUCAUAUUCAUCGGCUUUCGAUUUCAUUCACAGAAUGGUGGUUUAACUUUUGACUGUUACUUGCGUUUCAAAAGCGGUAUCAACGAAUCGUCUUUAUUAAAAGAGUAUUAAAGGGGCCUUUUCACAGUUUUUGGCAUGUUUUGAAAUAAGUCAUUAAAUGCUUUAUAUUGAUAAAUGUAAACAUUGGAUCUUAAAAGCUCCAGUAAAAAAAAUCAAGAAUAAAACUUAAAAAAGGAAAAAAAAAGUAGCCGCAGCUGGACUCGAACCAGUGACGUCCGGAGUCCUGGAGUAACCUGGAGUAAAAACGCAUAGGCCCGUUCGGCUAUUCUGCCAAGCAUACUUAGUUGAAGUAUUUUAUGCAUUAUAUCAGCAAUCGUCGUAGUUUCACAAAAUUUAACGACAACAACGGACAUCUCCAAAUUAUUCAAUCGUUUCGCGUUGCAACGCUUUAUAAUUUUUAGGUUUUUAAAUCGUCAAAGACGCAUAUAUUAGCUAUAUUAGACCAUGGUAAAUGUUCAGUAAUACUGUUUCCUCACAAAUAUCAUUACUAAAACGAAAAUAUGCGAAUCUGAAACAACUUUUUUCAAUUUUGUCAAUUUACCAAACCGUGAAAAGAUCCCUUUAAAAUGCAAACAUUCUCUUACAAUACAUGCUAAUAAACUAUCGUUCGGAACUGAGCAACAAUGAUGAAGGUAACAAUUCGGAUGACCGAUUAUAUGCAUUGACUACAUGUGUUUUAUUUGUGUACUAAACAAGUCACUCAUAUUAUUUUCUAAUUAUUUAACGGAAAAGUGAAAACUUUAUUUACAAUUACGAUAACUUAAGAUGCAUUGUGAACACUCCACCUGGUUUUGUUGACAGUCUUGCGUGGAAGUAAAACAUGUUUGUUAUAUUAUUAUGUUUUUUUGUUUUUUGUUGUUGCUACAUUAAAUGCAUGCUAUACACACAAAAUAUAGU